AGUAAUAGCAAGAAGCAUAACUCUUCAUCGACACACCCCCUUUUAGAGCCUGAAUUUGAUUCUGUUUCUCGUACUUCUUUCAAUCGCAUUUAAUAGAAUUCAGCAAUCUCUGUGUCUCUAACAUCAAUGGCGGCUCUUCGAUUUCACCAUCCACUUCUAACUUAUUCUUCUUCUUCUUCAAAUUCAUCCCCUUUUCUGAAAUCUCAGCUUCAGAGAAAUCGUUUAGUCAAUAUACACGCUAAUGGGAGUUUCAACAAUUUGGUUUCUGCUGCUCACCCCAAUGGAGACGUACCCGGUUCGAUUUCCAAAACAACAUCUUUCUCCCAGUUGAUUGAGUCGUUGAUUGAUAGAAAGAACUUGACGGAGGCAGAGGCGGAGGAGUCUCUUGAUUUUCUGCUGCAAGAUGCCAAUGAAUCGCUGAUAAGUGCUUUUCUUGUUCUUUUGAGAGCCAAGGGUGAAACUUAUGAAGAAGUAGUGGGAUUAGCAAGAGCCAUGUUCAAACACUGUAAAAAGGUAGAAGGGUUAGAUAAUGCUGUUGACAUAGUUGGAACUGGUGGUGAUGGUGCAAACACUGUAAAUAUCUCAACCGGAUCAUCCAUAUUAGCAGCUGCCUGUGGAGCAAGAGUUGCAAAGCAAGGGAAUAGGUCAAGCUCAUCUGCAUGUGGAAGUGCUGAUGUAUUAGAAGAAUUGGGUGUUGCCAUUGAAUUAGGACCUGAGGGUGUCAAAAGGUGUGUGAACAAAGCAGGAAUUGGUUUCAUGAUGUCUCCAAUAUACCAUCCAGCUAUGCAAAUUGUUAGACCAGUGAGAAAACAACUCAAAGUGAAAACCGUAUUCAACAUCCUUGGUCCUAUGUUAAAUCCAGCACGUGUCCCUUUUGCAGUUGUUGGUGUCUACAAGGAAGAUUUAGUUCAUAAAAUGGCAAAAGCACUUCAACGAUUUGGCAUGAAAAGAGCACUUGUUGUCCACUCUGAAGGCUUGGAUGAAAUGAGUCCUCUUGGGCCGGGGCUAGCCCUUGAUGUUACCCAAAAUUCAAUUGAGAAGUUCUCAUUUGAUCCAUUGGAUUUUGGGAUGCCACGUUGCACAGUAGAUGACUUGCGUGGUGGUGAUUCUAAAUACAAUGCAGAAAGCCUAAGGCGUGUAUUAUCAGGAGAAAAAGGAUCUAUUGCUGAUUCAUUUGCACUCAAUGCUGCAGCAGCCCUUUUGGUGAGUGGGUGUGUAGAGAGCCUAGGAGAAGGAGUGGUUAUGGCUCGUGAGACUUUAGAAUCUGGAAGAGCAAUCAAAACUCUUGAUUCGUGGAUAGAAAUCUCUAAUAACUCCAUUAAUAUUGAAGUGAUGGCUUGAAAUUCAGUUGAAAGGCGAGAAGCUGUUGUAGAUUCAAUGGCAUAAUUAGUUUUUUGAAGGUUUGCUUUUCUUUCAAUUUUGGAGUUUGUAAGGUGGUUUAUGCCAUUUUCGUGGUGAGCCCAUAUUCUAAAAGAGCAUAGAGGAUUUUGUUAUUGGUUUUCGGAGGAGAUAUGUAGUGAUAUGAUAUGAUACAAUGAAUUAGUGGUUCAUUUUGAAAUAAUGAGAUGGCAUUUUC